AUGGUACAUCUGACCUUAGAUCUGAUCGCUAAAUCUAAAAACCACUUCAAAAAGAAAAGGGGCCUCUCUUUCCCAGAGUACCUCCAUGCUCUCACCCACCUCCACUUUUCCAGCAAAAGCAUUGAACACAUUGUAAGUAGCUAUUAUUUAAAACAUACACUCCAUAUAUUUGCUUUCCCUCUUAUGUGUUUUUUUGUUUUCUUUUUCAAGGGUGAUAUCUCCAUGUGUAGAAACCUCACUGUACUCUACCUGGACUAUAAUCAGAUCACACACAUUUGCAACCUUGACUUUGCCUCCAAUCUCACUCAUCUGCACAUGCAGAACAACAACAUUACUCAUAUGGACAACCUCUCCAAUCUGCACAGGCUCACCAAACUGUGAGUAUGCACGUUGAAGUGAUUAUUGUGUUGCAUUUCUCAUGCCAGGAUAAUGAUUUUUAAGCUUUAAGUGUGUCUGAGAGUGUGUUGUUUUUAGGUAUCUGGGUGGAAACAGGAUUGCAGUGGUGGAGGGCUUAAAAAAGCUCGGUGAGCUUAAGGAGCUUCAUCUGGAGAACCAAAGGCUCGCACCUGGGGAAAAGUUGCUCUUUGACCCCAAGACUCUCCUCUCUCUGGCUGUAUGACCUACUUUUACUCUGACCUGUACACAGAUAGUAUAGGAAAAGAGGCAUGAUCCACAUACCUUGACAUUUUGGGGUUUCUCUGUAUUUAAUCAUGUGUUUUAAAGUGCUUUCUUUAAUGUUAGAAAAUGUCAAAAGCCUGGUUAUCUUUUUAUAAAGCUGUAUAUGAGCUGGAGAUCAAUGUGCGAGGUUACAUAUCAAGUUGAAGAGAUCUCUAGAUUUCUCAGCGGCCAGUGAUCUAUGUGAGAGCAGUAUUGUGCUGGGUUUGAUGAUGUCAAAGAGACCUCUGUUGCUCUCUCUGGUCUGACAGAUCAGUUGGGUCUUCUUGCUUCAAGUACCACCCAGGCCAUGGAUAAACACACCAAAAAUUUCAGCUUAUGGUUUGUUUGGAUAAUUAAAGAAAUUGCUGUGCAAAUUUAAAGAGUUCCAGCCUAUAUAAAUGUGCCAUUAUAGAACUUCAAACCUGGAUGAAUAUUUAACAGCAGCACUUUCUGGAGACAAAGUUUGACAUGAUCCUCCCAGUCUGCAGGUAUUAAAAUGACAUAUGUGUAUGGGUAAAUCAAAGUUUAUUUUUUGAGCUUUUUACACAAACGAUAGCACAGUAAUGUGUUUCCAUAAUGUGUUUUAAAGUGGUUUCAGAAACAGUCAGACUUGUGGUAUUUCUUUUGCGGAGGGGAGCUUUUAGAUAUACAUUAUAUCUGUAAUUUUCUCUUAUUGUAUCACUUGUAUAAUUUUUAUUCUUCCUUAAUUAUUUUCACAGGAGUCUCUGUGUGUCCUGAAUAUAAGUAGCAACAACAUUGAUAGCAUUAAAGACAUGAUAGUUUUGAAGGAACUCCGGGAUUUUUCUGCAGCUGACAAUAAACUACACAGCAUCGAGGUAAGAAUAACUCUUCUAAAAAGGACUUUCAAAUGUCUCUUAAAUUAUUUUGCUCACUGUGCUGCAAUCAAAGUAAAUACCACCACAUCACAACAACUAUGUGUGACGCUGUGUAUCCACACAGCAGAUAUGAGUUGAUCAGGUCAGCAUAAACAUUGUCCUGUAGUGUUCUGCAGUCAUGUGUGAAAUGAUAUGCAGAACAGCGUUCUAAAGAACCGAAUCCUGCAAAUCCUGCCGUAUAGGUUCCCAGUCUCCAUGGCUUGCACGGGGUCAGAAUUAUUCAACAAAUCAGCGAGCUAUUCCCCUGACACUUUCCUCGCUGACAGUUUUAAACAAGCACAAGUUUCUCUCUUUCCUUGGGAGGUUGAUUUUUCCUCUCUGCCUCAGAAUCCUCUAUUUGAUACUCUCAACCAGCAAAAUUCAACUUUACAGGACAUUCAUGUAGAAAAGAGAUAUGGACUUGUUUGAAGAAUGGGCUGCUUGGUUUUGAAGGUCACUUUUUAAUAGCAGAGUCUUUCUUUUGUUUGAACAGAAAAGUUAACUGAAAAUGUUGAUGACUCUUUAUAACUGAGGCGACUAAACACAAGCGAUUUUCCUGUGAGCACUUUGAUACAGGUAAUUACCGUAUACGUGUCAUUUAGCUGAUAUCUCUAUAAUUUAUACAACCUCUCUGCCAUUAUUGAUCCAGAAAAGACAGCACUCCAAAGGAUCAAUCCCUUCUUUUGCCCCAUUUGCUCAGGAUCCAGAGGAAACAUUAUGGAUUUUUAAAAUAGAUUAUGACAGGCAGUCAGCCAGGGUGACAAAUGGGGAGCAUCUUUGGAGGCCGUUAGCUGUGUGCAGGGCAGAGAGGACAGGGGAAUCGAAGGCCUGGUCAAAUACAGGUUCAUAACUGGCCCAUCAUUAGUCCAGACAAGAGAGCCAGCCGAGCUCGGCGAGUAUCAUGCUUCUGCUGUUCUCCACGCCCCCGCGUGGGGGGCAAUUUGGCGCUGGGCUGCUCUUCAGUGAGGGCCUUCUGAGUGACGGCCCUGACACGAUCAUUUAUCAAAGCCUGGGAGCGCGCGGUGCUCAGGGGUCCCCUCUGAACUGAUUGCAGUACGAGCUGGAAAAGUGGAAGCGCUUUGGCCAAGACAGGAAGGCAAUGAACAAUCAGAGCGUGUCCAGAGAGUGUUCAUAUUUCCAGGCUUGGAUUAAUGUGCCUUUAGAUAAACAUACAACUGCAGGCAACUGGCUGGAGGAGCCAAGCUCACACCGCCCCAGGAGGAAACUUGUAGUUACAUGACACCGGCGACACUGUUUAUUAAAAUGGACUGAUGUGUUGUUUAUGCACCUCUAUUUGCCCUUGUACUUCACAUUAACAUCCAGAUAUACCAAGUCUUUAAAAGUUAUCCUGAUCUUUGUCUCCGAUUAGUAAUCCCAUAGAAAUUGAUCAUAUUUGUCAAAGAUAAGUUGUCUAUUGUUUCCUGAUAAGUUAUUAAACAAAGUGUUGGUUGUGCCUAGGUUGAGGUGUUAUCGGAUAAAAUGAGUGCAGUUAUAGAUCAAGAUAUUUUCCCUUUUUUGUCCAUUUUCAGGAGUUAGAGGAAGUGCUCAGCCACUGGCCUCAGCUACUUCAGAUGAAUUUGAGUGGAAAUCCCGUGUGCAAAAAAGCGAAGUACAGAGACCGCCUGAUUGUGUGCACAAGCCUGGGUGAGACAUACCAAUUCUGUCCCAACAGCAUCUCAAUCCAAACUUGUACACUAUUGCUUGGACUCACCCAGGCUAAAAUUGAAGUCAGUGAUGAUUAAGAGUGAAUCCUACGCUGAUUUAUUCACACUUUCCAUUUUUAAAAUUAAUGGUAGACUGCUUACUUUCUUCAUACAGUUAUUCUUGAUGGAAAAGAAAUUACUGAGUUAAACAGACGGUUCCUUAUCAACUGGAAAGCAGCCAAAGAGGCAAGGAAGAUCAAAAACAACCAACAUGUGACAAAAACUCAGUCGAUUCCUCAUCCCUUAACUUGUAAGUUUUAGAAUUAGUUGCUUUUAAAAUCUUUUGUAAGCGCUUUUCCUGUAUUUUAACAAUUAUUCAGUGGUUUUAAUGCAUGCUAACAAUGAAUUCAUUAACACUGCAUUAACAAAUGAAAAUGGUUCUUUUUAUCGCUGUUCACUUUGAUUUAUUUUUGAUGAAGUAAAAUGAAGACUUUAAGUAUUGAGGAACAACCACAGCCUUAAAAGAUAUAUGGAUUUUUCUUGUCAAAUGUAGAAACUACCUGAAAAGCUUAAAUUGGAUUUUCAACAACAAAUUAUCUACUUAAGAUUUUUGAUUUUAUCUUUAAAUUGUGUAACUUUGUUUACUUUCUAGGGGACUUAAGCGUGGCCGGUGAGGGUCCACAUCUUGGUCACAUCCACAGCCAUGUUAAAAUGCAGCAGUUGCAGCCACAGUCUCUCAGGUCUGCCACCCCUGAUCACAGAAAACUGAGUUAA